CCCGUCGGCCAGGCAGGAGCCCGAGCGCCCCCUCCCCGAAAAGCGUCCGCCACAAGCCGACGCCCGCGCGGAUUCCAGGUUCUAGAACCCGGAGGUGGACAAUGAAGCUGUUAGUUCUCCAACCCAGCCCUCUCCCGACGGAACGGAAACGCAGUUCGAGCGUCAUUGCUGAGCAGGAGUGCAGCUGUCUCAUUUCCAGUCUCGCGCACUGGAUCGUGAGUUCUGAAGCACCGUCCUGAGAAAGUCCGACCACGCCAGCCUGCGCACUAAAAAACUGCAACUCCCAGCAUGCCUUCCAGUUCGGCCGUGUACCGGGAGAAAAGCAAGGGCCGAAAACCUCGGGUUCCGGGCUGCUGAGCGGCAGGCGCACGCGCAGAACUGCUCCCACCCGCUCUCCCGCCCCUUCCUCGGGCGUCCAAGGUGAUAUCGCGCGAGGUCCGCAGCCAAUACGGAGGCGGAAGUGACGGCUGGUUUGUAGCUGCCGGCAGGUAUUGCAAGGCUAAAGCUAGAGUGGACCUCUCUUUUGAAACUGCUGCUCUCUCACUUCUCAGGCAUCACCGAGAGCUCAGCACCCAGGCUGAACUCUGUACUAUUUGGAAGAAUGGAAGCCGAUGCGUCUGUUGACAUGUUUUCCAAAGUCCUGGAGAAUCAGCUGCUUCAGACUACCAAAAUAGUGGAAGAACAUUUGGAUUCUGAAAUUCAGAAACUGGAUCAGAUGGACGAGGAUGAAUUGGAACGCCUUAAAGAAAAGAGACUUCAGGCACUAAGGAAAGCUCAACAGCAGAAACAAGAAUGGCUUUCUAAAGGACACGGGGAAUACAGAGAAAUCCCUAGUGAAAGAGACUUUUUUCAAGAAGUCAAGGAGAGUAAAAAAGUGGUUUGCCAUUUCUACAGAGACUCCACAUUCAGGUGUAAAAUACUAGACAGACAUCUGGUGAUACUGUCCAAGAAACACCUCGAGACCAAAUUUUUGAAGCUGAAUGUGGAAAAAGCACCUUUCCUUUGUGAGAGACUGCAUAUCAAAGUCAUUCCCACACUAGCACUGGUAAAAGACGGGAAAACACAAGAUUAUGUUGUUGGGUUUACUGACCUGGGAAAUACAGAUGACUUCACCACAGAAACUUUAGAAUGGAGGCUCGGUUGUUCUGACAUUCUUAAUUACAGUGGAAAUUUAAUGGAGCCACCAUUUCAGAGCCAAAAGAAAUUUGGAACAAACUUCACAAAGCUGGAAAAGAAAACUAUCCGAGGAAAGAAAUAUGAUUCAGACUCUGAUGAUGAUUAGAGCUCAUUAAUUCUUUGUAAAUUGUCUUUUUUCUUCUGCUUCAGAUUUAAAUGUGUUUUCUAAAUUCUAUUGAUGUCUAUACAUUAGUCAUCUAAAUACUCAUAUUCUCGAGUUUUAUACAGUUGUAUCACAUUGAAAGGUAUCUUUACUAUUUUCUGUGUGGCCAUCAUGUUUAAGUUGAGGAAAACUUCUCCGUUCUUAAAUUAUCUGGGACGGGUCUGGAUUCUCUAUUUUUGAGAUUGACUUUAUCACAAUAGGAUUCAUACGUCUUUAUACCAUUCACAAUUGUGUUUUUGAUCUACAGAGUUAGAAAUUCAAAAACUAUUCCAGAACUAAUUAAUUGGUAUUAUUUAUACAACAGGUCAAGUAACAUUUACUGGUGCAAUACUGCACUUGUAAAUGAAUUAUAAACACUCUUCUAGAAUAUAUUCAAAUAGCUAUUAAAGAACUGGUUAUUUAUUCUGGACACUGCAUGUUGAUGUUGAAUCAACUGAUGCCAGCAGAAAGCUAUUUUGGGUUGUGAACAUACUGCCUUAUUUAAAGGGUCCUGAUUGCUUGUAUUUUAAACAUUAAUUAAAAAGAAAUCAGGAAACACUUUUGAAAUAACAGCAUAAGGAACUCCACUGUCUCUGCUCAAUAAAAUACUUGUAACUGGAA